GACAUCUACUACCUGAUGGACCUUUCAGCAUCCAUGAUCGACGAUCUAGCGAUGAUCAAAGACUUGGGGUCCUCUUUAUCAAAAGAGAUGGCCAAGCUCACCAGUAAAUUUCGAAUGGGCUUUGGUUCCUUUGUAGAGAAACCCGUCCUGCCCUUCAUCAAAAUCACGGAAGAGGAGCUGGCCAACCCCUGCAGUAGUGUUUCCGUAACCUGCCUGCCGACGUUUGGCUACAAACACGUCUUGUCUCUGACGAGUAGCACCGACAAAUUCAACGAUAUAAUCGCCCGGCAGCGUGUAUCUGCGAAUAUUGAUAUUCCAGAGGGCGGCUUUGACGCCAUCAUGCAGGCGGCUGUUUGUGGGGACAAGAUAGGCUGGAGGAACGAUUCGAUGCGUUUGCUGGUGUUUGCCAGUGACGCUGACUCACACUUUGGGAUGGACAGUAAGAUGGCCGGCAUCGUGAUUCCCAACGAUGGACAGUGUCACCUGGAUGGCAACAACGAAUACUCCAUGUCAAAAGUGCAGGAGUAUCCAACUCUUGGUCAGCUGAUUGAUAAAGUGGUGGAGAACAACAUCUUACUGAUAUUUGCUGUGACCAAAGACCAAAAACAAAACUACAAGAACUAUGCAAAUUUCAUACCUGGUGCCACAGUUGGAGUCCUGGCGGAAGACUCGCGUAACAUCCUGGAACUGAUUGUAACGGCAUACAAAGAGCUGCGUUCAGAGAUCGAGCUGGAGGUCCUUGGAGACACAGAGGAGCUCCAGAUGUCUUUUACAGCCAUUUGCCCAAAUGGCAACGUCCUCCCUGAUGAAAAACGCUGCUCCAACAUCAAACCUGGAGAGACGGUAGUGUUCAACGUGUCCGUGGAGCUCCCGGGGUGCGUGUCUGGACCUCGGCACUUCUCCCUGAAACCCUUGGGUUUACAGGACAGUCUGGAGGUGGAGCUGGAGUCUCUUUGCUCGUGUGACUGCCGGCAGCCUACCGAGCAAGCAAACAGCAGCCAGUGCGCAGAGGGCCAGGGGGCUUUCCAGUGCGGGGUGUGUGUGUGCCAGCCGGGGUUCCUGGGAGCGGAGUGCGAAUGCAAUGAGGAAAGCGCUUUGUUGAGCAACUGCCUCGCCAACAAUGAGUCGGAGAUAUGCAGCGGUCAGGGCCAGUGCUACUGCGGAGAGUGUGUGUGUCACCCGUCCAGCUUCGGACGCAUCUACGGACAACACUGCGAGUGUGACAACUACUCCUGUGCUCGCUUCCGUGGGGAGCUCUGCGGGGGUCACGGGGUGUGUGACUGCGGGGAGUGUCACUGCGAAGGCGGCUGGACAGGGGAGUACUGUAACUGCAGCGACAGCACUGAGGCCUGCGCGUCAGAGGAUGGCGCUCUCUGCAGCGGGCGGGGGAGAUGCGAGUGCGGCCACUGCGUCUGCUCUGUGCCCGGAGCAUCCGGGGACAGGUGUGAGAAGUGCCCGACGUGCGGAGACGCCUGCAGCUCUGCAAGGACCUGUGUAGAGUGCCAUCUGCAGGAAGAGGACGAUGCAGAGUUUUGUGAUCAGAUGUGCAGCGUCCCUAAAGUUGCCAUCAACACAACAGCAGAUUAUGACAAGAGCCCUUCUAUGCAAUGCAAGCUGAUGAUGGAGAAUGAGUGCUGGAUCUCUUUCAAUGUGGUAGGAGGUGAGACGGGGAUCACUGCCUACGAUCUCCAGAUGUACGGUUGCCCAGAGCCUCCCAACAUCCCCAUGAUUAUUCUGGGCGUCUCCCUUUCCAUCGUGUGUAUCGGCCUGAUCCUGCUGGCCGUGUGGAAGAUGCUGGUGUCGGUCCACGACCGUAAAGAGGUGGCCAAGUUCGAGGCUGAGAGGUCAAAGGCAAAAUGGCAGACGGGGACCAACCCUCUUUUCAAAAGCUCGACGUCGACAUUCAAAAAUGUAACUUAUAAGAACGCAGAGAGAGAAAAGAUCCUUACACUGGGUGACUUCUGA